AUGGAAAACCAUCAGUUCGCAGUUCGGCUCGGAUACGAGAGAGACAGUGAAGGUCCAGAGGAUGAGGAAGUGAGGGUCAGUCUCCACAGAAACGAGAGAGACAGUGAAGGUCCAGAGAAUGAGGAAGUGAGGGUCAGUCUCCACAGGUCUGGGCUCAGUGACAAACGUAUGGAUCCUCUGAUGCUCCUGUUUCUCCUCAUUGCUGGGCUCACAGGUGCUGACAGUCUGUCCUCAGUGAGAUGGGUGACUGUACAGAGUGGAGGAUCUGUCACCAUCCCAUGUUUAUAUGAAGACAGAUAUAAAAAUCAUGUGAAAAACUGGUGCAAAGGGGAUUAUGGACAGUCAUGUACCUCCAUAGUACGGACUGACUCUCCACAGAAGAAGGGUGACAUGUCAAUCAGAGAUGAUCCUGAGCAGCGAGUCUUCACUGUGACCAUGAACAAUCUGAGAACUGGGGACUCUGGUCACUACUGGUGUAGUGUGGAGAAUAGUGGAGAUUUAGAUGUUGGUGCUUGGGUUACACUGUCAAUCACUGACGGUUCCCCAGAGUUGUUAGUGGACAAACAGGAGGUGACUGGUGUGGAGGGAGACAGUGUCAGUGUUCAGUGUCGCUAUGGAGACCGUAGCAGUGAGAUGAAGUGGUGUAAGAUCGGGGGCUCCUGUGUAUCAGGGGAUUCUGGGAGUUUGGAUGGGAGGCCUGUGGAGAUCAGGGAUGACAGAGUAAAUAAAGUCUUCAGUGUGACAAUGUGGGGACUGGAAAGGAAGGACACAGGCUGGUAUUGGUGUGAUGAUGGAGACCAGCAGAUCCCAGUUCAUAUUACUGUCAGUCAGCCAAGCCCUUUGGUCCAGCUGCCUCUGUAUGUAGGACUGGGCUUAUUGGUGCUGCUGUUGAUCAUCAUCUUCAUCAUCAUGACAUGGAAAGUGCUGGACAAACACAAGAAAAAAUUGGCCCGGAACCAGAAUCCAGGAUGGUCAGAAUUCAAAUCCUCCUUAGAGCCUGAUGCUGAUGUGAUCUACAGCUCCAUUGACCUGCCAGUUCCAGAGAUGUCCUCUACUUCUUCUGCUGCAACACCAGCCAACAAUGAGGUCUACAGCUUAAUCACCCUGAAACACAGUGAGUAGGGGGCAGCAACAUGGAGAUGCUCCUCUACAUGUGGGGACCUACUGCUCAGGAUGAGAUCUGUGAGGGACAGUCAGAUACUCCAGUGAUGGGGAGGGAUAAUCACCAGAGAGGAGCAUCUUACUGUGAUGUACGCUGUAUUUAAAUGGCAUGAGCCACUCUCACAUUUUAUACAUUAUAUAAAUAAUAUACAAUACAGUCGUCCCUCGCCAUAUCGCGCUUCGACUUUCGCGGCUUCACUCUAUCGCGGUUUUUUUAAAUACAUUUAUUCAUUAAAAAGUUGAUAGACAGUGAAAAUGAUACAGCGCGCGCUCGGUUGUCCGAGUCAAUUAUACACAUCUGUAUUACAAUUCAAAUUACUGUACGUAUGGACUGUAGGCCUAUGUAUUCGAGCACCCCCGCAAAUCCUUCAACGUCAGGUGCAGCCGAAUAAUAAAGAAAUAAAGAAUCCUACUUCACGAAAAAAUUAAUUUAACGCGGUAGAGUCUGGAACGGAUUAACCGCGAUAAACAAGGGAUUCUGUAUUCUGAGAAGAUAUUUGCCAGUAGGGCUGGACUGGGACCGAAAAAUGGCCCUGGCAUUUUUUCGUCAUGGCGGCCCACUACGAUUAUUUAUACGAUAUGCGAAAGCACAUGACAUACCACAGGAUAUAUGUGCACGUUGUGUGAUUUCAAAAAAUAAAAUAAAGCGCAGCAGCUUACAUGGAAGAGAGUAACCAUGUUAAAAAAUUUAUAUGCUCUUUCACUACUCAGGGAUUCAUCUUGGGAGAGAUGGCCACAGUGUCACAAUUCCCACCUAUGUAUUAUACUGUAUUUUGAGUUUGUUGUAGGGAUUUUACAGGUUUUAAAAAAUAAUAAUAAUAAUUUAAAUUACACAAUACACCCACCAUAAUAAGAAUGCAUAACAAAAAUGAGAGAUAUAUAAAAUCGCAAGUUAGUCUUGAAUUACGUAUGAUGUAUUCUAGCCAUCAAGAGCUUGGGAGAAAAUUGCAUCAGUUUAAUUUUGUGUGUAUUUAAUAUAUGUGAGCGGCCUCUACGAUCCAGCGGAGGGUCCCGGGUCGGCCCACCGGGCACUGCCCGCUACGCCAGAUGGCCAGUCCAGCCCUGUUUGCCAGUGUCUGUUUAUAAGUGUACAGUAUAUAUGUCAAAUAAUAUAGGAACGCAACCGAAUGCAUUUUCCUUGCCUGACCUGCUGAUACCGAUCCUGGCCAAUUACAAUUUUCUUAGUUUAACAAUGAUAACAGGGUAACACUCCUUUAAUGAACUUAUUUUCAAAUACGAUGGCUCCACAACUGUCAAAUUAAAUUGGUUGUUCCAAAUGUUUCUGGGGAAGGAUCUCCACUGUCUUACACACUGUGAAUUUAAUGUCUUUGUCCCACAUUAGAAUGAAUCUCCAAACAACAGCCAUGUUUCCCAUAAGUGAUUUAACUAUCAUGUCAUGUGACAUAGUUGAGGGAGGAAGGGUGAGGGGUGGGAGGCACGACUGAGGAUGGAAACUGAGCUGGGGGCAGAGGUGAGCGAAUGACCGAAAUGUCAUAUCGCGAUACGUCUGGUUAUAAUCACCAUCCACGAUAUAGGUCACGAUUUUUUUUAGAAUGUAUGUAGUAAUGUUAAUUAACCACUUAACCAGCAAGUCUGUCCUUACAAGAAACAUUGCUUGUAACAUUAUAAGCGCAAGGCAGGAAACAACCCAGGAUGGGACAAGAAGUAACGUUAGUUCGUAAAUUUCUUGAUCGGCUCAUAUAAUCGUCCAUAUUUACACUGAUUGGCUGAUUGCCGGUCAGCGCCAAUCAGGGUGAAAAUCGACCCUUUUGGGUCACUAGCCGAUUGAUCGGUGCAUCCUUACAUUGUACAUAUACAUUGAUUUAUAUUUUGCACUCGAUUUGUUUAAACAUAUCAGUGAUUAAGUACAUAAAGAAGACAUUAGGCUACCUAUUAAGCCUUUCAGUACAAUAAAGAAAAAAAUGAUUUUGUCCCGAUAAAAUGAUCCCCCAAAGAGCCGUCAAUAUCAAACCAAAACAAUAGACCUGUGUUUCAUUUUAACUGUCAUUCAUCACUGUAUGUUAAUUAAAAAUAACACAAUCCUCAGAGAUGAAAAGGAGUUUCUAACAAUUACAUCCAGAGUUUCAAAAAGCUGGUCUUCUCAAAAAUGAAGAACUCUGAAAGUUAACAUGAACAGAAAAUCUUUAUUUUGUUGAACUACUGGACAUUUAGCCUUUUGUGAUUCAUUUAGCUUUUCUGUGAUUCAAAAUAUAUGUUCAAAAUAUCCACAAUGUAUUUGUGAAAAAAAAAAUUAUAUUUGUUUAUUAUUUAUUUUUUAUUUGUUGUGUAUAAUCUGAAGGUAACAUUAGAAGUGAAAAGACAGCACAUUUUAAAUAAGCCUUUUUCUCACAGCAAGUCUAACAUCAGAUAUCAGAAAAAGUCACCUCUUUGCCAGCUCUGACCUAUACAUCCCAGUAAUGAAUUCUUUCCAGGAUUAUAAUUUAUGUUUAUGUUAAAUCGGCUGAAGUCUUUUUGAUUGCCGUAUUACUGCUUCUUCCUGAAAUUCACAAAAUCUGAAAUCAGGAAGCAUGACCUUCCUGCUGAAGCUGAUUGGUACACCCCAGUUAUGAAAUCCUUACAGAAUUACAAAAUCUUAUUUACGCUAAGUCACCUGACGUCUUUUUGACUGCUGGGUCACUGCUUUUUCCUGGAAUUCCUGGGUCACAAAAUCCGACAUACUUUUGUGUUCAUGUAUUCUUUGGAAUUGUUAGGACAGCUUAACAGUUAUCCUAAGGUUAGGAGAGCUUAUUUAAGAUUUUAGUAAGGUGUGGUUGUGUUAAAUAAAAAAUGAAAAUGACAAUAACUGUCUUUUGUCAAUUCAGUUGUACUUCUAUAAUCGUUGUAGCAUAUAUUUCACAAGCUUUUUAUUCUACAGGAUCUACAAGCAAGUCAAUGCAUUUAGUUGGUAGUUUCUGUUACAGUGGAGCAUGCUGGAAAGACAGACGAUCGACAGUGUGGCUAACCAAAACAGGGGUUUUAUUAGGAGACCGAAAAAAACAAAAAAACAGGAUGGGUCUGAACACAGGCAGGUAGAAAACAAGACUUAAAGCAAGGAGCAACACAGGAUGUAACACAGCAGCACAGGAACUAACACGGCACAUACGUCUAAUCAGGUGCAAACAAAAGAACAACCAUAAAAUCCUGAAACAUGAGAAAUUGAAUGGGCAGUGCCAUCUACUGGCCAAACAAGGAAAUGACAGGACAGGGCAAGGACUGAUCCUAACAGUUUCAGAGUUCUUAGCUUCCGUAAAUGCAUUGUGGCAAUAAUACAGCAAUUCAUUAACAUUGAAAAGAAAAUGUACUUUUGAAUAAGUUUUUUUUUAAUCAAGUACUCCAGUACUUUAACUGAAGUAAAAAUUUGACAGAAUAACUUUACUCAUUUGUAGAGUAAUAUUUGACCAGAAGUAUCUAUACUUUGACUAAAGUAAUGCAGUUGUGUACUUUGUCCAUUUCUGGUUCUUCAUCAACUGUUUAUCAAAAUUUCUCAUUUUCUUAUUUUAAUUUUUAAUGACAAUAUCUUGGUAGGCUUCUCUCAUUAAUAUUACCCAGUGAGGGUUGAGUGAAGCCUGCUGGUUCUGGUUUUAAUUUUAUAAUGUGCUUAUGCUCUUCACUGCCCUCUGCUGGAGCAACUGUGGAGUUAAAAGCUGCCCCGUUACAUUUUGUUUUGUUUCAGUAUAAAAGCUUUUAGAUUUUUUUCACAGUAUUUUUUUUCUCACAGAAUGUUAGGCUUUUCCUUAUUGAUAAGUGGCAUAUUAUUUAAAACACAGACCCCAAACUGUGAGACUCAUCAUACAUAAUGUUAAUAAAGAUGCUUUACAUUAA